UUGUAACACACAGCUUCGACAUGCCUGAAUCCAGCCAGCAAAUCCUACUGUAAAAGGCCUCUGUGUGACCUCCAGAAAACAUUUUUGAACAAACCUCCAAACCCUUUUACACAUUUAAUGACUGUUUUACAAGGAUUUAGGAUGUGAUGACUAUUGGAUUAAACUAUACGGAUUUGCCAAGAAACAUGUUAAAGAUUUAAGCACCAAAGACUUCAAAACCGUAGGCUAAGAUGUUGCCUUCCAUGAAGGCCAUUGCACACCAACCCUUUUCUGAAGGCAUAUUCCAUGGCUAUCCAAGGAACAAACCACAAGUCAAGGGGUCAUUUUCAAAAGUGUUUCCAUUUGCAAGCUGGGUGACCAGUGGGGCCAUGCUGGAAGUCAUAAGUUUGUUAACUGGGAAGUGCCUUUCACGGCACCACUUUGGAGAUGAUAAGAUAGUCGGUCAGGUCAAAGAUUUUGUGUGGGAGAAGCGCUGGUGUCUGCUAGUUGAGCUGCAGGAUUCGUCUGGAUUUUUCUAUUUGUGCUGCUACUGUCUGGGCACAUCUAGAGUAGUGAGAGCCAUCUCCCUUCCCUCAAAGGUGAAAUGUAUGGAAGUAAUGGGUGACAAAUGGUUCAAAGAUACUGGACAUCUUCACACAACCUUGACAUGCUUUGCUGGUGCUGCAGCACUGGGAACAGACCAAGGGGACAUUCUGCUGCUGGAUUUAGCUUUAGCUGAUAAAAAACACUACAGGACUGAGAAGGAAGCCGCUGAGUACAAGCUGCUGGCUGGUUUUGAUACAGGCUAUGAAGCUGAACUGAAAAGAGCACAGCUACAGGAGAUACACCCAUGUGUUCGGUUGCACAUCCAAACAGGGGCUUGUGCCACGUCUCUAGCCUUUAUCACACACACUAACCAAUUAGUAGUUGGCUACUCAACGGGGAUCCUGCAGUUUUGGAACCUGCUGCACCUCCACAUGGAGUUCCAAAUUCAGUUGGAAUCAGAACUGUCUCCAAUAGACGCUUUGCAGUUUCAAGAAUCUUCAAGCUCUAACAUACCUCGAUGCUUUCUUUGGGUGAUUUCAUCCCAGCCAUGCAGAGGAGGAGCCACAAUCAAGAUUAACCUUCUAGAGCUGUUAUUUCGUGAGUACAGUGCUUCGGCUCAGGUCCAUUAUCACGAUUUUCUCAGCUGUCAAGUGUAUCACACACAGCAGUUGUGCGAUGGAGUCGAACCCAAUCCCUCGGUAUCUUACUGUCGCCUUCUCAGCUGCCACACCAUCAGGGCUUGUCAACCAAACCAUUUAUCAAGCUCUCUGUCACAACACAGAGGCAUUGCAAGUUGUCUGGACCUGGGUAACCUUGCUGUUUUUACAUGGGAAGUAAAAAAGAUGGAGCUGGCAACCUUCAUAGCUGUGUUUAAUCUUAGCCAGUUACAGGAGGACAGACCAGAACCACUACGGUCAAACAGUGAGCUGGAAAACUGCCAGCAUUUGAAAGUCUGCAGUUCUGGGAACAGAGACACUCCAGUACUGGAUAUCGUUGUCUAUAAAAACUUCCUUUGUCACACAUUUAGACAGCCGGAUGCAGACAUGAACAUUGGGAACCAACUUGGUCUCCUUGUAUUAAAUGCAGCCACCUUGUUUGUGCACGGAUUUGAAAUUCACGGGCUCCCAGCAUACCACUCAGAGCCCCUUACUAUAAAGGGUUUUAGCAUGGAAGGAUCACUGGGAUAUCUGAGUAAGCUCAUUGAAUACUCUGAGAAUCAAGCCACAGCGCAUGUAUGUCCACAGGAUGACGUACUGGAGUAUCUGCUGACACAAGCACUGACAAAUAACAACAUUAGGAUCAUUAUUAGAUGGAUGAAGAAGCUCUCGACAGAAGACUGCACUGUACGCACUGUACUCUCCUGGGUUCAGAAGAUAGUAGACAAUGGCAAGAAACAGCUUCUUACACUAUGCUUUAAUUCCUGCCAAGGACACUGGAUGUACAUGGAUGAAAAGUCCUUGGAUCUCAUGGGUCACGUUCUACAGGUUCUGAGAAACAUUGUGAUAAUAAUUGGGGUACUGAGGCAUCAACCACAGUGCCAACAAGAUCAAGUGCAUUUGGACCAGGAAUAUAGAGUGAUUAAACAACAUAUACUGUUUGCACAUGUGGUACACUGGUGCUACCUCACUGGCCUUCUUCCAGAAUCAUCUGACCUAUGUGAAACCGCUAGAAUAUCUCAGCUGUGGAGUGAGAUGCAGCAAUCUUACACUGAGGAUCAACAGAAGUUGCCAUGGAACAAUUGGAAAGAUACUGGUUUGCUGAUCCAUGGUAUUGUGUCUCAUAUCAACGGGCAGUAUGGCAACAUCUGGAGUCAACAUGACAGGCAAUAUGACUGGUAUCCACCUCCAAGCUUUCAGGCUGUCUUGAAGCUAUUCCUGAUUCCCCGUGUAGACACGGUUUUAGUUAAAUCUCUUUUUCUUUAUUUUCUGCUGGAUUUAACACAUUUUCUCCAUCCUGAGAAAGAGAUUUUGAAGUCAUUUUCAGUAGCCUUUAAUGUGCCACACAGCUUUUGUCAAUGUAUCAAAGGAUUCUGGCUCUUGGAUCACAAAAACACUACAGUUGCAGUGGAUGUGCUUCUGCACCCAGGGACCAUGAGACCCUGGCUGUCUUGGCAGCAUACCUGGAUUAUCAAAGCUUUGCUUAGGGAUGGAGAUCCUUGGGCUGCACUUCAAUACAUCAAUUGGAACAAACCAGCCAUUGAGAAACCAGAGGACCUCAAAUUAUAUAUAACUGUAUUUCUCCACAACAGAUGUGUGACAGAAGCUUGGAAACUACUGAUACAAGAAUCAAGCGAAGAGUUGAGAGACGGCCUAGUCCAGCUCUUCCUUCAAAGCUGUGUUGAGUUGGGACUCUUAAAGGAGCUGCUGGCUUUCACCCUAACACUGGACCAGGAAACGAAGCAGCAAUAUGCAGUAGAAAUUACCAGAAUGAAAGAAAUGUGUACUGUCACUCAAGAAACGCCUUCUCCAGAAAUCUGUAUUCAGAAGCUACUGUGCCCCAGAGGGUACAAACCAAAGCCUUUUUCUGCCUGUCUGUACAGUGCUAGUUCCAGUUCCAGGGAAGCACUUUCUCUUGAAGGAUUUCUUUCUUUGCUAACUGAAUCAGUGGUAGAUCUACAGCAGACACCCUCUUGUAGCAGGCAGACAAGGAAUGCAGUUUGGCCAGAUCUUGUGGAAAGGCAAGAGGAUGAAACCCAAAUGCAGUGCCUGUCUCUCUCUACCCAAGCACUGAGACAAAUCACUCCAAGUCCAACAGCGACAGACCUUAGCAGCAGGUUUAAUUCAGAAACAAGUGAACAGGAGGAAGCUACUGAUGAAACACACCCUACAGAGAAAGAACAGGAUAAGGGGCCUAACUGCAUAACACCUUCCAUUUCCAAAGAAAGCCCUGAAGUAAGCAAUGGAGUUUGCAGCUUGCAGGUUUCUUUGGAGAGCUCUGACUCAGUGCUGGACAGUGACUCCAUCUUCACGAGUGAGUGUAUACCUGAAAUUGAACCAGGUGAUGAUCUGGAGAGUGUGAAUGAAAUAGCAGAAGAUGACCAGAAGCUCUUGGGAUGCCCUGACCUGCUUUUAACCAUUGACUGCACUACAAGUUCAAGUGUCUUGAACAGCCUCGAUAAGGACACCCAACAAGAAAUGAUCUGGAGUGCUCUUGAGGAGAUGGACUCUGAGCAGACUUGCACAAUAGUCUGCAAUCAGCUGGCAACAGGAGGGGGAGCUACAGACUUGGCUAUGGAUAUGACUCAGGAAGAUGGGGAAAGGUGGUUGAACGUAAUGAACUUGCAUCCUCAGUUUUAUAGCAAUGAAGAUAACCAGAGAACAUUUCUUACCUGCGAUAGCCCAGUGGAUAAUGACAUCUUUCUUUCAUCAGCAAAAGUGCAAAUGGAUUACAAGUCUGCACAUGGAGGGAAUACGAGAGUGAUUGGGGAAGGGUCAGAGGACCCUAUGGACACUGUUGCAUUAGAGGAGAAAACUGAGAAUGUUUCAUUUUCCCAAGAUACGCUUUCAAGCUGCAGCUGCUCUUCACAGUCAUUUCUUGAGCUGGAGCCUCUGCAGAGAGCAAAAGAUUUCACAAGUCAAGAAGACAUCACAGAGGGGCACAGGAAGGAGAUCCCUGAAGUAGUUGACCAACCAGAAAUCCUCACUUCCUGUGCGUUCACUGAAAACAUGCUGAGGUACUUUUCAGAUUGCCUGGAAAGGAAAAACCAGGAAGAUAAUAAAGAUGAAAACAUACCAGAAUCAAAAGAAAGAGAAGGUCUUCUUUCAUUAAGCGGUGAACAUUUCCAAAAGGAAAAGGAGCCUAAACAGAAAGGCACAGCGUGGUACAAAACAACUUUUACAUCACAGAAUACUUCCCUCUGUAUUCCUCCACACAAAACUGCUCAACUAAAGAACCCACAACUUGCAAAAGGAAACCCUCCCCGAGUACCUCAACACAUUCCCUCCAAAGCAGUGACGGACAGGUCUCAAGGUGGAAAGCCACAGAAAAAAGAACCAAUAUGCUUCAAGACAACGUCAGGCAGACUGGGCCCCUGGAAGCUGGGAAGUUGGUGGAAACAAGCAUUAGAAACUAGACGAGCAUCAACGGGUCUCCUUCCAGAUAUUGAAAUGGUUUCUAGUGCACCAUACGCCAAACAUAUUCCUCAUGCUACAGGAAGACAGCACCCCCACCAUCAUGGCAUUUUCUCCCAGUCUGCUCUGAAACAAAGCGCCGAAAAGAGUGAAGGGAGGCAGAUGGGUAAAGAAGAACUGGUUCUUAAGAAAGGAUAUUGUAAAGUCUAUAUCCACAAGACCGGAAAGUACCAUGGUUGCCAUGGUUUCUCACAGGGCAAGAGUGGGGCCAAAGCGAAAAGACCAUGAAGUCAUAGAAAGCACUAUCAAAACUUGUCUCUUUAUAAAACAAUUAAUUGAAAACCUAUGUGAGAGCGUCUUGGUUUACUGGAUGGACAUUGAGUUUGAAUCCACAAAGUUAUUUUUAUUUUAACCCAAAUUACUACCCAAUUAAAUUUAUUUUAAUGUAGUACGAUUGAAAUGUUGCUCUAAAUUAAGAUUGCAUUGAACAUAGAGAGUUUUGUGGUAAAAUACUUUAAUACAAACUUGAAAAAUAACAAAAUAAUUAUUGAAUUAUCACAUCUGUUAAUAAUGGGUAGGUGUUAAAUAAAACUGUCUUAGUUAGCUAAGACUAAUGGUCUUUGUCAGCACUCUGAGAGGCUGUUUCAGGGGUGAAGAACUCUGGUCUCCCCACGGGGCAGACCCUUCAGAGUGGAUGCUCAUUGGUAGGUCAAGCGUGAGGAAGUUCACAACAUUGCAGCUGCUUGUGCCUUCCCAUCUCUAUCGCAAACAGAUGACUUCAGGCCAGCCCUCAAACAUGAGUAGGCAUGUUUUUUACCCUGUCCUCACUACCUGUAUAAAUGCACAAGCAGCACACGUUGAAACCACGUGAUUGCCAUUCACAGUUAUGUUUUGGUUUCACAUUAUGGUUACAUGUUAUUUAGGUGAUAUGAAUAGGGCAUUAGUGUAAUAUAUUAAAAUAUAUUGAUAAUUAUUGACUGCUGAGGAUCUUUCAGCCAUUCAAUCGGUUUCCUCUGCUGUAUUCCACGACACAUCAACCGUACCGUUAAGUGUGGCAAAACUAACUAGGAAAAAUGACACAACACACACAGUUAGAAUAUAUUGUAUGGCUAUAAAUUAGAAUAUCAUUUUUUUUAUCCCUCAGUAUUGUAAAAAUGCUUCUGCAAAAUACACUAUUCUCAUUGAAAAUACCAUCAAAGUUCAAAGGUUCAAAGUUUACAAUGUAACAUUGUUUUUGUGUGAACUGUUAAUAUUUCUGAAGUCUUGUUCUACAGUAUUUAGAUAUUAAAUUUGAUCUUUAAUGUAUUCAUUUUAUUUAUACAUUGGCACUUUUGGCAGUAUUGUAUUCCAUUAGUCUUUAAUAAAGAUAGUAGAGUUUAGAGUGUCUAAAUGUGUUAUUUUACAACCUACUAGUCAAUUCUUGGUCGAUUCUAAAAAAAACCCAACAACCUGAAUUUCAUUUGAGCUGCUCAAGUCCUGUUUUUAAAAUGUGUAUUGCCAUUCAGUGAUAUUAUUUUACAUUUUUAUUUCACAAUUCAAAUUUUCCGUGAUUACAUUUUCUAACCCAUAAUCCAAUUUCAGUGCAAAAUAAUUUGAUUAAAUUAAAACGAAUGCAUAAGAGGACUGAGUUUGUAUGCAACUUUUAUAUGUGCUUAUAUAACUUUUUACUUAUAUAUACUUAUAUAUACCAAGUGUGAAUGGGUCCUAAGCUUUACAUUUUACUGUACUACUCUUAUACUGUUCAGAUUCCCAUUUACUCCCUCAGAAGUUCAUAGUGAGUCACUGAACUGCCAAACUGUAUACAUUCCCCAUGUCUUAAUAUACCACAUAGAAAGUGUCUCAUUCAUA